CCCAGAGUAACAAACUUUUACGUGCCGAGAGUCAAGCACCGUUACUUGCAUCGUCAUGGCUUGCGGGCUACUAACCGGCAGCUUCGCCAGGAAGUCGAUGAGGUGAUCUAAAAAGAGCUUCAUAGCCAAGACAUCCCAUUUAUACUGGAUGUCAUGGUUGUGCAAGAUAUUGGCGUCUUUCCAAAUUGGAUAAGUUUUCCCUAUCAGCCAAGCCAUCUCAAGAAGCUUCAAAUCAAUAUACGCAUUAUUCGCCCCGGAACAAGCAGUAUCCCCGACGAAUCGAUGGAAGCGGCAAGAUAUAAGGGCGAGAAAGAGAAAUACUACCCCACAUAUUGGCAUAUGUUAAUGGCCAUGACUAUGUAUCCUUUUGGGAGUUUCUCUGUCAAGCAAGAUCCCGAAUUACCCCCGGUCCAGAGCAACAAUUGGCAGUCAAAGAACCAGCCUUGACAAAUAAAGCUGUCGACAGCAAUAUGGACCGUGUCCAACAAACACCUCUCAGCAACUAUCAAAGCACUACAGUUGAUGCUUACCGGUGCUCAUCUGCGUUCUGGGUUACUGAUGAUCUAUUGCUUACGUACAACGAGCGCGAAUACGAUGUCAAUAACAACCACAUCCCUAUUCCGCCUAGUCAUGAGGGACUACGUUUUUAUAGCACUGUUCCUGAGGACACGCUGGAAAUUUAUAAUGAGAGUCGGUUUUACAAAGCUGGCCAUAUUCAGUUUGGCCGAGAUGUCUUUACAGACCACGGUGUUUACAUACGAUUGAGAGAUAGGAACGAAAUUGGCAUAAUAAGUCAGCUCAUCUUCCAAGGGAAGUUUGCCUGCCAUCAACUGGAAGAUGAAACGUCUGAAUUUCUAUACGAAGUUGUCGACGAACAAUAUUUUGGCUCAGCCGAUAAUAUCUACAUGCAGGUUCUAGCACUAAGCGUGGGUAUUAUCCAUUCUUCCACGCCUACUGCCUCGUCGAUCUUUGCAAUUGAACGAAUCGUGGAGUGGUGGGAAUGGGAGCGCCCUGAAUGGGACUGCGGGAUCCAGGAUACAGAGUGGUACUGUAGUGAUGAGGUUAUCGAACGCAAUCUGGCGAGGGAAAUGGCUCGCGAUCCUCGUGACGAGGAGCAUAUUCAGAAAUGGCUCUUUAUAAAAACUAGAAAGGCGCACAGCUGGAUUGCACAAGAGGAAACAUAGUAAAAACAGAAUGCAAUAUGCCGUUCAGUCGUUGACCUCGCACAGCCAAUAGUCUAUAUUGUCUAUUGUCUACCCAAAGUAUCACAAGGCCGCCGGACGUUUCAACCAACGGCCCGACGACACACUUAAUCUAGCAUAGGGGGAGAGAUAAUUAAAAAUGACCUUGAUAGAGUUUGCCUGAAACGACCACUUCUUAUCCGCUGCAAACCGGGCCGUCUUCCGCCGCGGUGCUACUUUUGCAAAUGGCCGAGCCGCCUCUAUUAACUUUUCUUUUUUCCCACCAGCUUCAGGUAGGUGGGUAACAGACAACAGUGAGAUAUUAUCCAGCGGUUAUUUCCUCUACUAUAAUAAACUCUGUUUAAAAAAAAAAGUAAAGGGGCAGCCUGUAAACCAAACGGAAAGGGAGGUAGGGGGGGUUACAUUGUGUUGUGCAGCGGCGGGCCUCCACCGCCAUCAAGUGAGAGUGUCGGGCCAGGUUUUCGGUUUGCCGUACCGACAUCUCCGGCGCUGCUUGCUGCUGCAGUAGGCAGGUUGGUGCAUUGCAUGCCGAUGAUGAUGUACAAUAACCCUGUAUUUUGCAUGAUUUGUACGAUUUCUUUGGUUUGUUUCACAGUACCCUGCCCUUCCGCUGGUCUACUCUUGUUAGUUAAGUUGGUACUAACGUUACUACUACUGGAAAAGGGACCACCACAGCCGCUUGUUUUUUUUAGAGUUUGAAAAGCCCCUCUUGGGUACGACUACAGUGGGCUUCACACGCCGCCAAGAGAUGCCAGAGCACGAUGAAGGGAGUUCCACUGAGGGGCUUGCUGUUGCGGCUCCUUUGUCAUUGUUGCGGUUGGGCUGCGAUGGCGAUGUGAUGCGGUGUGAAGUGAAGUUGAAGCCUCGUUUUCUCUUAUUCGUACGUCUUCUUCUUCUUCUCAAAUCGGAGUCAUCGGUCAACAACCAGCUCUGUUGCUUGCUAAUCGAUGGGUGGGUUGCUAGUGGUGGUGUGGAAAUCGGCAUCGACCACGUCAUGCCGGCACAUUUCGUCAGAUGGUGGUUAGCGCUGUUUCAUGUUGGUGGUGUUGUUUCCGCCCAAAAAGAGGCGAGCAGCAGCAGCCGCAACACGCAAACUACGCGAGACCCAAGUAAAGUAAGUAAGUAAGCACCCGCGGGCUACGUGCAUUGAGUUAGUCACAAUCCCAGAGAAGUACCAG